CAUCAUCUCGCUUUGUUUAUUUGUUCACUAUCGCCUCUACAAACAGAUCCUGUUCCACCAUCACCCCACCACCCUCCACAUCUCUUGACGUGAUCUGUUUCAUGCCGUUUCUGGCAGGCCUUUUGUGACAACUAUCUCCACCGGGAGUGAACAUCCAGACACCUUCGUUCCCUUUGUGAACUCUUCUAGGUAGAGUCCAUCUUCAACUACACAUCAUCCUACCACUCGAACUCGGCAAUCCCUGCAAGACAUCCAGACGCACACUCAAAUCGCCCACCAAACCUGCUGACGCAAUAUGGAACCUGUGGUCAAUGUCCUGUUGGAUUCAUUUCCGGGCCUGUCGCUUCCUCCUACACUUUGUCUGCCCUUGCCUGCAUCGACUUCCCUUGCAGACCUCUUUUCCUCUAUUCGACAUGUCCUGCCGAAGCCUUUCCCCACCGAGACUCGUCUCGUUUUGACUUCGACGUCCAACAUUCCCAUUUACGAUACCCCUUCAGUGACACUAGGCGAUCUCACAUCGCCAUCUACAUCAUGUCAGGAUGCUGGGAGCUCCUCAUUCCUCUCUUUACGCCUCUCGGCGCCUCUUGUCGGUGGCAAGGGAGGAUUUGGCUCUCAACUGCGAGCUGCAGGAGGACGUAUGUCUGCUCGCAAAAAGCGUCAGAAUGCUGAAGCCGCAAAUGGUAGCGCCCGGAACCUGGACGGACGACGGAUGCGGACCAUCACUGAGGCGAAGAAUCUAGCCACCUACCUGGCCACAAAGCCUGAGAUGGACAAGAAAGAGAAAGAAGAAAGGCGCAAGCGAUGGGAACAAGUCAUCGACCUAGCUGAACAGAGAGAAGCAGACAUGAGGGCAGGUAAAGGUCCUGACGGCCGACGGAAGGGACUUAGUGACCAGUGGGUCGAUGAGAAGGAAGAGGUGGGUGAGAAUGUGAGGAAUGCGGUCAAGCAAGCCAUGUUGGCGAUUGAGACCGAGGGUAAAGGCAAAGGCAAAUCGUCCUCGCGGCAAGAAGAUGAAAGUAGUGGAAGCGGAGGGUCGGCCGGUGCGAGUGAGGAGGAUAGCGAAGAGGACGAUGUCAUGGAACUUGAUGGUUCGGAAAUGGCCAGGCUAAGGGAGGAAGCAGAAAGAGGCGAUGUAGAUGCUAUCUGGGUUCUGAAAGAACGUCUCAAGAUUCCGUCGCAUCUGUUGCCUGAGGCUCGGACUCAGCCAACAAGACGAUUUGCUGGGUUUGAUGAUGAUGACGAUGACGAUGAUGACGAGUCUGAUGAGGAUCAAGAUGAUAAGAAUAACAAGGGCAAGCAGAAGGCGAUCCCAGCUUAGGAUAGCUUUCCGCACAAUAAAAUAAAAUGAUACUGGGAGAUGACUCCUAAGACGAUA